AUGUCUAGACAUCAAAGAGACUCACGAACCUUCGUGCCAACCAAUGUCCAUCAUAAUGCACUCACAAAACAGCUUUUAACAUUAUUCCCAGGAGGAGAUCCUGACUAUUUUGAAGAAUGUCUGGCCUAUUACGAACACAAUCAUGUCGAACGUAUUGCAGAGAAGAUCUGCGCUAAUGGUGGUCAUUAUCCCUCCAUUCCCAAUGACUGUCUGAAGAAUCGCGUCAAGCAACUCAAUCAUUCUCUACGUAUUUUGGCAGUCGACUUAUUUCCAGAUUGUGAUAUUAGCUAUUUAAGAGACAAGGUGCUUGGUUACAACCACAGCCACAUUGAGCAGGUGACAGAAGAUAUCGUACAAUAUAGAUGGCCAGAAAGACUUGAAUCUGGCAAGAUUAAUCGAUGGGAUUUUAUUAAAAGUGAAUCCUACAAAGCACAAGCACAGGAACAACUGUCGAUUGAUUUUCCACAGAUCUGGCGGUCCUCCAUCAGAGCAGUUCUGGCAGAAAACAAUUGGGAUUAUCUCAAUACCCGAGACCAGCUUGAAGAAAUGGGCUCAGGCAGCAUCUGGAGAUCGAUCCGUAAUUUUUUUUUACACUGGUCUAUCCGCCGCUCAUUUAGACCAAUCUUUGAAAAUGAACACAGAUCAGAGUUAGAAAACGAACUGGACGAAUUGAGGAUGCGGCACUUGAGAAACCAAUCUCAAAAUGACCAAAAAUUUGCUCACCAAAUCAAUGAAGAGGAAUACACGAACCACAACCAGCUCAUUACCUGUCUGUGCUGUUGUGACGAUUUUGCAUUCGAAAGUCUUGCAUUUUGUAGUGAAGGAGAUCACACCUUCUGCUAUUCAUGUGUUAGUCGCUUUAUGUCCGAAGGCCUCUUUGGCCAGGGAUCCUUACGUGGUGUACAACGAAUACAAUGUAUAUCACCCACAGACUGUGCUGGCUGCCUGUCUCCUCUGAUGCUCGAACAAGUCUUGUCGCCCGAUGUUUGGAUGGCAUACGAAAAGUCAGUUGUGGAAGCCAAUCUAAACCAAGCGCACCUGACAGUUGUCCAAUGUCCUAAUUGCACUUAUGCCGAAAUCGACGAAACAAUUCCACCUUUUAAUCAAAUCCUCCGUCGUACGACCCCUUUAUUCCGUCUGGCCCGAUGGCUUAUGGUAGUUACAAUAGUCCUAUCGUUUUAUUAUACUUUGUCAUUGGUAUUGCCUACAUUGCUUACUACGCUUCCAUGGCUUGUACGACAACAGUGGGACUUGGAGAACGAUAUGAAGUUAGUCUACGAUCGGAUAGCACAAGCAAGACGAGGGAAAGCCUUUCAAUGUAGGAACCCUACUUGUGCAAAACUCUCAUGUCUGACGUGCAUGAGACCUAUCCGAGGUUUACACAACUGUAGAGAACAGGAACAAGACGGGUUAAGGCUCUAUGUCGAAAAGGCCAUGGCAGAUGCUGUCAAAAGAACGUGCCCAGUUUGUAGUUUAUCUUUUCAAAAAGAAGACGGUUGCAACAAGGUUGUUUGCAAGUGUGGAUAUGCAAUGUGCUAUGUGUGUCGAAAAGAUAUUGGCAAAGAAUCAUAUUCACACUUUUGCGAUCAUUUUCGAGUGAUACCUGGGUCUCAAUGUAAAAAGUGUACCAAAUGCGACCUAUACAAGACCGAUCCUGAAGAUGAGGCAAUCCAGAAGGCAGAAGCAGAUGCUCGAAAAGAAUAUCUCAGAGCACAUCCGAACUUAGCCCAACAGUCCGUUCGUGCAGAUAUAGCUAUAGGUCCAAUGACUACACUAGAGAAAAUGGACUCAUGGCGACGUGAAAAGAUUCUACAAACCCUUCAGUUUGGAAUGGAUUUGUGUAUUUAA